UCCAGCCAGUAACUAGGAAACCACCCGAGAAUUCUGAUUGGUCAAAAGACCGGAAGCAGGAACACUCACAUGGUUGUUUUGGGGCACAUUAACAAUUUUCAACCGUCGUUGUGCAUCGUUUUACUCGCUUCAGUCUCUGAGAUUAUGGAGACAGCAGCGUUAGUAGCGCCUGUCACUGCGCUGGAGUUCUUUCAAGAUGCAUUUCUUUUGACUGGUGAAGGUCCAGUGUUGACGGCGUACAGUCUUCAGCCUAAACCUAAAGGAUGUACUUCAAUGGCUGUGCUCCAACACUAUCGCAUUCACGGGAUUAGACCCAAAAUAUUAUCUACAUCACAAUGUUCUGACAGGGAAACCAAAGGGCUGAUGUCAACUGACCUCGCUGUAUUUGGUGGUAAAGCAGUCCGACUGCUGAGGCUCCAUUUCGAUGUCACUGGUGUUCAGCAUCCACGCUUGGAGAUACUGGGCCCCCUUGUGGAACUACAAGACUGGGCCCUGGAUGUCCGCUGGCUAUGUGAAAACGAACAGCCUAUCCUAUGUGUUGCUGUAGCCCAUAACGCUGCUCUUCUCCUGGACAUGAACACAGGAAGUGCCUUGGCUCAGCGCUCCUGUCUGGAAGGCUGUUUGCUGUACUCUGCCCUGCUCGUGGUUCAUAAAUGUUGGGAUGAUACCAUCCUGAUAGGAGGGACUGUUUUCAACCAGCUGGUUCUCUGGAAGCCUGGAGGCAAAGCAAGUGAGAACAAAGGUCCAGUUGAAAGACGUCUACUGGGGCACAGUGGUGUCAUCUUCAGCAUCUCGUACCUCCAGGAGAAAGGAUGGCUGGCUUCAGCCUCUGAUGAUCGUAGCGUGAGGGUGUGGGCUGUCGGUUCUUUAGGGGGCCCCGGAGGGAACUGUGGAGACCUGAAUCCAACCUGUUUACAUGUUCUUUUCGGACACCAAGCGAGGGUGUUCUCUGUGCGUCUCUCCCCAAGGAGGGUGUUUAGCGCUGGGGAAGAUGGAGCCUGCUUAGUGUGGGACUUGGCUGGAGGUGGGACGGUGGUUCGCACCUUGAAGGGACACAGAGCGGGCGGAAUCCGGGCGCUGGCAGUCACAGAAAAAUGGGUGGCGACUGGGGGAGCGGACGGAGGGGUUAGGUUGUGGCCGGUUGAGGAGAACGAAGAUGAAGAAACACUGGAAGCGGAGAAGAUUACCGAUCUGGAAUUUUCCGGUGAAGGUGUGCCUAAAGUGGUUUGUCUUCUCCAGGAUGAGGAUGAUGAUGAUACAAAAUGGAGUAGAUGUACGAUUGCAGUUUGUACUGACCAAGGAGUCGUUUACCAGUAUAGCAAUGGCGCCUGGGAGUUACUAUGGCGAGGAACUCCUGAGUUUCAAUCCUACUGUGUGAUGGAGACAAUGGCUGUUAAUGUGAAACCUUCAAGAAGAAGAGUUAAUUUAUGCGCUGUUGGGAGCCUUAGUGGAGCGUUGAGGGUCUUUCCCAUCCCUCAACCUCAGAAUGGCGUUUCCCUCCAAGCCGGAUCAGGCAAGAUCCACAGUCUUAUAUGGCAAACUGGCGGCGAUGAUCUAUAUUUGCUAGCGUCCAGUGCAGAAGGACACGUCCAUCGUUGGUGUGUUGAUGUCACACAAAAAAAUGGAUUUUUGAGUCUUGGGGUGAGUCACCUCCCUUGGUUUGUGCUACCGCCAUGUGCCAAACGCUGGCUGACGGCCGCCGUGCGACUCCGCUCUGAGGCAGAGGGGGCGCUAUGGGUGUGCGGAGACAGAAGAGGCUCCCUGCUUUUGUUUCAGGAGAGAAAAAACGAUGAAAUUAGCGCAGGUUUGAUGCCGUUAAGCUGCCUGUUUGGUGUGCAUGGUAAACAGGGCGUAACUUCAGUGUGCCAGUAUGAUGGACUUCUAUACAGCACUGGGAGGGACGGAUGCGUGCGUGUUUUUAGAGUGCAUCAAACAUCUCAAGAACCACUUGAGGAACAUGGAAAAGACGGUCUUCAGCUGGAGGUUCUGAGGGUCCAGCGGGCCUGCAAAGGUAUGGAGUGGUUAGAGAAGGUUUUGAUUCUGAAAGCUGAAGAUAACAUUCUAAAUGAAAGUGAAAGUCAAGAUGGGAUACAAGGACACAUAGACAAAGAGUCCAAGAUGGAGAACAAGGGAAGGGAAGCCCGCUUUGUCAUCUUCGGCUUCCACGCCUCCCACUUUGUGGUUUGGGACCCGGUGAGACAAGAGAAGCUGCUAGUGGUGCCUUGCGGUGGCGGACAUCGCUCUUGGAGUGUCUGGCCACCCCACAAAGACAUCUGGCCCGGAUACGGCGCUCUAGUCUUCAUCAAGCAGGGCUCUGUCCUGGCAUCAGAGCCUCCCGGAGAGCUGCCAAGCUGGUCCGGCGGUUCCACGGCAAGGAAUGGAGGAUGGAGCCUGAGAGAGGGGAUCCAUGGGAAAGGGAUCGGGUGUGUUUGCUGGCUGGGGAGCGUAAAGGAAUGGGAGAUAAUAGCGACAGGUGGUGAGGACACAAGCGUAACCAUCCUGGCUCUGCACCCCGAGUCUGGCAGCAUCAAAGUCCUCUCCGUUAUCACAGACCACAUCUCAAGCGUCCGCGCCAUGGCGGUGCUAGCUCAUGAGGAGAGCAGCACCCCGUCACAAUUCCUAUCUGCGCUGUUGGUAUCAGCCAGCGGACGGGCUCAGAUGCAAUGCUACCGACUGUAUGUCGUUUGGGAUGAGCAGAGACUGGCGCCAUCUUGCCAGGUGGUGCAGGUGGCAGGUCACCGAUUGGACGAGCACUGGGAGAGGAAGCGGAACAGACACAAGAUGGUGAAAAUGGACCCAGAAACAAGGUACAUGUCUAUGGCAGUAAUGGAGCAAAACCAACACGGUGGUCUUGUGGUUCUUGCAUGCAGUGACGGGGCUGUCAGAUUGUUCUCAGUCAGUGAAAGUAAGCGUCAACUGGAUUUAUUGUGGGAGACAUUUCACCACCAGCGGUGUGUUCUCAGCGUCGCCACCUGUAGCCUGGAGGAUGGAAAAGGGAACAGGUAUAUGAUGCUGUUCAGUGCAGCAACAGAUGGUCAAAUAGCGGUGUGGGACCUGACCCAAACCACCUCCAUCUCGUCCCCUGGCUCUCCCCUUGCAACUCCACCAACCCCCUGCCUCAUUAUUGCCGCCCACCAAAGUGGUGUCAACUCAUUGGCCGUUUGGGCUGACACACACCAAGAUGGCAGUUGCCUGGUAACGGUUUCCAGCGGAGGGGAUGAUGGGCAGCUGACGGCAUCCAUCAUCAGGGCGCGGUACCCUCGGGAGGAUGGCAAGACCGGGGACGUUACCCCUCUUUGUCUUCAUCUCCUCUCCCAGUGGAAUAUCCCUCUGGCUCAUUCUGCCCCUCUGACCUCUCUGAGGUUCUUAAAAUCUCACCUGAUAGUCACGGCCUCUUGCGAUCAAAGAAUUUGUCUGUGGAAAGUCUGCAGUACAGGCAUCAGCCACAAAGGGGUGCUGUGCUCACAUGUUGCUGAUGCUGCAGGGAUGGCAGUCUGGGAGAAGCAAGUGAUGCUGGAGGAUGAUGAAAAAAGGAAUACGACUUGCGAGAAGGUGAACUGUGAAAGAACUGGGAGUCAAGCUAUGCUGGGGAGGACCGAUGGGUGGGGUGGCAAGAAACAGGAAGUAACCGAUGAAGCAGCCAGGAAGACAGAUGGCCAAAUUUUGAAGAUGGAUAAAGGGAACACUGAAGUUUCUUCCUGUGAGGGAGGAAAGACUGGGUGGGUGCUGGUCUGCGGUCAAGGCUUCCAGCUGCUUCGUGUUAGAAAUGAACACGAAGAUAAAGACGAGAAAAACUAAAGGAGGAAAAGCAAGACAAACACACCAUUAGUCAGUUAAUAGACAUGGAGAAAUAAGUGGAUUUUACAAUCACAAUCAAUCAUAAUUGUAUAUAUUUUACAUUUGUAGACUUUGUUUUAUGUUUUUUUUUAAUAAAGUUAAUUUAUUCUU